UAGAGUAAAACUGACAGAAGAAGUUUGCAUGUGUGGUCACACAGACACGUAAUUGCCGUGAUCUCUUCUGCCAGUCUCACUCUAUAUUCAAGUUGGCCAACAUUAAAUUUCAACAUAAUUUUUAAUUUAUAGUAAAUGAUAUUUUGGAUAAAUAAAUUUAAAUAAAAUAAGAUAAUAAACAUUUUUUUAUUAUGAAAUAAGGUCAAAUAUGGUAAAAAUAACGUGUUAUGAUUGAUUUAAAAAAAAAAAAAUUAUUUUUUUGGGGUUGGCAGUGCAUUUCUUGUAAUAUAAAAUAGAUAGGACAUUCUCCCCUCCACAACACUCUAAAACCGGCGUUGGACAUGCCUUAAAUGUUGUUAUCAAAUAUAAACAAUUUUUUAUACAUUAAUGUAUAAAUAGUGUUAAUAACAAUCUUUAAGAAUAAGUGGUUCAUCAAUAAAGGUGAUUAAUUAAUAAAAUAAAUUGUAAGAAAUGUUGUCAUUGCCAAAAAGUCCAAGUAAAAUGAGUAAAGAAAAUUCAGAGUUAUCAUUACAACUACGAAAUGAUAGAAAAAGAGAACUCCAAGAACAAAAACGUCGUCUUUUUGAAUUACCAUCAAAAACAAAAGAAUUAACAUUAUCAAAUAUGUCAAAUGAAAAAUUAGAAUUGUCUAAAAAAUUAGAAAAAAAUAUGAAUGAUCCUGAGAGUGCACAAAAAAAAUUACUUGAAUUACACGCAAAAUUAAGUGAGGAUGCACGUUUAGCAUUAGAAUUACAGCUUGAAGAAAAACAAAUUAAACUUGAAGCAUCAUUAAAAGAAAGAAAAAAACUUGAAUGUGAAUUAACUAAAAUUAAAUCAGGAAUGAAUUCAUUAAGUAGACAAUUAGAUGCUAAAACUGAAGAACGUCGUGAUUUAGAAAGAACAGUACUUGAUCUAAUAACAAAUGCUAAACAAAAAUGGGAGUUAUCAGAAAAACAAAAGCUACAACGUUUAAAUAAACAUAUUGAAAGUCAAGCAAUACGUAUUACUGAAUUAUGUACAAUUAAUAAUGAAAUGUCAUCAAAAUUACAACGUUCACAAUGUGAUUUAGAAACAACAACUGCUGAAUUACAUAAAUUACGUACAUUUCAAAUACAAUAUAAAGAAUCAUUAGCUAAAACACGUGAGUUACGUCGUCAAAGUGUUGCUGGUGUUGAAAAUAAGCUGGAAGAAAUAGCAACAAAAAGUCAUAAUCAACUUGCUGAAAUACGUAUGAAACUUGAAUCUGAAAUGUUAAAAAAUAAUGAGCUAGAAAAUGAAUUGAAAAAUGAAAGAGAUGGUAAUCAUUGUAGACUAUCAAGAAUGACUGUUGCAUUAGAAUUAGCACAAUCAGAUUUAAAAGAUGUUAAAGAACAAUUAUGUAGUGCACAAUCAAUGAUACCACCACGUGAUGAAGAAAUUAAUGCACUACGUAAUCAAUUAAAAGAACGUACAAAACAACUUGAAGAUAUUAAUAAUGAAGAUGAUAUUGUUAAAAAUUUAGAAAAUGAUAUUGAAGAAUUACGUAGAGAAAAUAAAGAUAUGAAAAUUAAAUUAAAUAAAACAAAAAUUAGUUUAAAUAAUACAAUAAUAAAUUUAAAACAAAGUGAAGAUAGAUAA